AGGUCUUAAGUGAUUCUGAGAAAAGGGCAAUCUAUGAUCAGUAUGGAGAAGAGGGCCUGAAGGGCAUGCCCCCUCCUGGUUCUGCAGGUGGAGGCGCUAAUGGUCCCGGUGAUUUCCAGUUCAAUCCUCGGAAUGCAGAAGAUAUAUUUGCUGAAUUCUUUGGGAGUAGCCCAUUCAGUUUUGCAUCCAUGGGGCAUGCAAAGUCCAUGAGGUUUCAGUCAGAAGGCCCUGGCCUCUUUGGAGGUUUCGGCGGGCCAGAGAGUGUCUUCCGGUCAUACUCUGAGGGUGUCGGAGUUGGCGGGGGCGUUCAGGCUAGGAAAGCACCAGCUGUGGAGAGCAAGUUGACAUGCAGUCUUGAAGAGCUCUACAGUGGGUCGACAAGGAAGAUGAAGAUAUCACGGAAUGUUAUUGAUGUGAAUGGGCGAAUGGUGCCCGAAUCGGAGAUAUUAUCCAUUGAUGUGAAGCCUGGGUGGAAGAAGGGGACCAAGAUCACAUUUCCUGGAAAGGGGAAUCAACAGUUCAACCAACUUCCUGCAGAUCUUGUCUUUGUCAUCGAUGAGAAGCCCCAUGAGAUGUACAAGAGGGAUGGCAAUGACCUAGUGAUUAACCAGAAGAUUUCAUUGUCAGAGGCACUUGCAGGAACCACCAUAAACCUCACCACACUAGAUGGUCGUGACCUGUCAAUCCCGGUGACUGAUGUGGUGAGCCCAGGCUAUGAGGUUGUAAUAGCAAAAGAGGGGAUGCCGAUUGCCAAGGAGCGAGGAAGGAAGGGGAACUUAAAAAUCAAGUUUGAUGUGAAGUUCCCAUCAAGGCUGACAGCUGAGCAACGAGCAAGCAUCCAACGCAUUUUGGGAGAUUAACCUGACAGCAGUUGGAAAUAGAUGUUUGUAUCUCAUCCCAUCUAUGACAAUUUUUUCUGAAUAUUUUUGAUGUUAUUUUUUUUUUUAUCCCCUUUUCAGUUCGAUAUGAUCAUUCAUCUGUAUUCUUUCCAAUUGUAAAGUGAUGGUGAUUAACCAUCUAAUCUAUUUACUGAAAAAAUUGGUAUUCUGUAUGCUAAUUUGCUGAAUGAAGAUAACUCUAUGGU